AGUGUAGGUUCUUCUUCUCUAUACUUCAGUUGAGGUCAAAACCCUUUUUUUUUUUUUAAAUUGUGACUUAACUGAUUUUCCAUCAUUUUCCCUGGAAAUGAAAUCCUGCUGCUUUGUCACUUACCCUGAUUUGAAUUCUCAAGUUUCCUGGUUUUCAAAUUUUCUUCUUGAAAAUUGAAAUUGCAGUUUUAUUUUCUUUGUGGAGUCAAAAACAAAGGCGUUGACUUUCUUGGUAUUUAGGAGAUUGAAGGAUUCCGCUUUCUACCCAUUCAAACCCAGAAAAAAAUUUUGAAUUUUGGGAUUAGAUUCUUUUAAUUCAUCAGUUUUUGCUCUCUGGGUAUCUGCGAUUUUUGGGCUAAAGGUUUGUUUCAAUGGGUUUCCCUGAAAUUUGAGGGUUAAAAGGCUUAUGAAAGUCUUGUUUUUUUCACCUAGUUGGCCUAAUGGGGUUUAUGAUUUAUGAUAAAAGAUCCACUUUUUUAUCCCAAUUUCCAGUUUUGAAGGCUCUUUUGUUCUAAGUUUAUUGAGUUACAGAGUUAAAGUUUUGAGCAGAAUUGUGUUGUGUGGGGAGGUGUAAUUGUCAAUGGAUACGGUCCAUAAUGAUGUUAAGGACGUUAAAGGACAUAAAAACAAGACUUUAGGUACCAUAGAUGCUCUAAAAGUUGAAGAUCAUACCGAAGGAGAAGAUUACAGUGAGUCAUAUUCUUUGUUGCCACCUAAGAAAGCUGUGAUGUCAAGAAAACCUGAAAAGACACGGCGAAAAGUCCAAUGGAACGAUAAAAAUGGGAAUAAACUUGCAGAGGUUCUGGAAUAUCAACCAAGUGAUGUGAGCGAUUCUGAUGUUGAGGAUUCAGAUUCCUGCAUAUGUAUCAUAAUGUAGAUACAAUACAGGACACCGUCAGGAAUUAUCUGCUGGAGAAAUCAAUUUAGGCUUCAGUUUCAACCUUGAUUUUGAUGAUUUUGGUACAAGAUAACCGUGGUUUCAACUUUGUGUUGGAAGGAUAGAUUAAAGGUCCAGAGGCUGAGUGAGGCAGUCUCUCAUAUUUUGCAGUUUAUCAAACUGGAGCUCCUUACCAUUUAUAAG